AUGGAACAUUUUGGAGUUUAUAAAGGAGAACGAAAUAAUAGAGGCCAACCCCAUGGAUUUGGAAAAUUUGUAUGAAGAACUAAUAAAGAUGUAUAUGAAGGGCAGUGAUAUAAAGGAAAACAGCAUGGAGUAGGUACUAUGCAUUACGCAACUUUUCAAUAUGUUUAUCAUGGGGAAUGGAAUUUAGGGGCAAGACACGGAUUAGGGACUAUGACGCUAGCUAAUGGCGAUCAGCUGACAGGGACUUUUAUAAAUAAUGAAUUUGAAGGGCAAGGAGUUAUUUAUUAUCAUAAUGGCGAUUUUUAUGAAGGCGAUGUAAUAAAAGGACUAAGACAUGGAGAAGGAACUUUACGAUAUUUCAACGGAGAAUACUAUGAAGGCCAAUGAUUCAAUAAUCAGCGGCAUGGCUUUGGCCGCCAAACCCAGCCAGAUGGAACUCAAUAUUAUUAUGGUAACUGAAGAUAUGAUCAACCUAUGGGUAUUGGCAAACUUUGCCAAGUCGUUGAGACUGGUGUUUUAGCUACCCUUGAAGGCACAUUUCACAAUGGCAGUUUAUAUGGGAAGGGAAUUCUAGCUGAUACUACUGGAAACCUAUAUAAAGGUGAUUUUAAAGAUAAUCAUAUCCAUGGAGUCGGAGAACUUUAUUUGUCCAAUGGGCAAAAAUAUAUAGGAGAGUUUAAAUAUGACGAUUUUAAGAAAGGCAAGGCAGAAAUGCCCGACAGUACUGUGACUUAUGGAACAUUCUAUCAUUUUGACCCUGAUGGAAAAAAUGUUAAAAUCAAUUAUGGGAAUGGCGAUAUUUAUGAAGGAGGCAUGAAGCAGGGGAUGAAACAUGGAUUUGGAAGGCUAAAAGCAACGGAUGGAGCUGUGUUUGUAGGCAAUUUUCAUGAGGAUAGUAAAGAAGGGGAAGCGAGGAUUGUGUACCCUGACGGAAGUGAAUAUGUAGCUGAUUAUACUGCAGGGAUAGAAAAAGAACCUGGGAUUUUAAUUAAACCAACUGCAAAGGAUAAAAAAAAGAAAUAA